CCCACCACAAUCUAUUCGAAAUUUUUCGCCGCUCGGAAAGGACGUGAUUUUUUUGUCGCGCCAUCGGAGGCUAUUUUUAAACCGUCGCGGUUCUUGCAAACAAACCGCAUAUUCAGCUAAUAAAAUCGGAGAAAUUCAUUAAGUGCAACAGAACCAGAAAUACUAUUGAGGCCCGAGCACUUGGAGGGAAUCUAAUCAUGAGCGAAGAUACUUACCAGAUAGAGACGCGUCGCCGGUCUCGUUCCAAGACCCCCUUCUUGAGGUCGAGCUGCGAUCAUGAGAACUGCGAACAUGCCGGAGAGGAGGGACAUGUGCAUCACCUCAAGAAGAAGUCUGUGGCCCCCAAUGUGCAAACGAUAGUCGAGGAGCAUAUAGUGGAGUCGAGCAGCAGCAAGAAAACACGGAGUAAGGCAUUUUCUCAGCUGACCUCGGACUAUUCAAGCGACGACAUGACUCCAGAGACAAAACGCAAGAAUAAGUCAACCACGACAAUAACGUCGCUCCUCACCAAGAUAUCCGGUGGAGUCACAUCAACACCUCGGAACAGAAGCCAGCUGGAGACAACCCAAAACACGCUUAACUCCGUCCAGGAGAAACUGAACCAAUCAAACGGCAACAAUACCUCGGGCAAUGCCAGCGACUACCUGGCCUAUAUCGAGUACAGAGAUGCUGGCGAGUACUGGAAUAAAACUCCCAAGACGGACUACACCUACUCCGAAUUAUCCCCCCACCGCCGUCAACUGGCUCCAGGGAUCGUGUCUAUGCCUAACAUGUCAAGGAGGAGCCUCGAAAACCAUAACGAGCGCGUCAACUACAUGGUCCAGCGGAACCCUGCUGAUGAGGAGUUUAUCCGCCGGCGCUACCAGUCCAAGUAUGAUAAGCAAGUCAAUUACGACUCUGCAGAUGAGGUUGACGCCACUUUUGGGCAGCAGCAGAAGCAGAGCUGGUGGCUCAUUCGUCUCAUCCAGCUGGUUGUCAAUAGUGUUACCACCGUAUGGACACGAGUGACCAAUAUUUCGGCCGCAGAGACGAAUGCCUAUCAAAACUACUAUGCUAGGCGCCAGCAGGGUCAGAAGGUCGGAUUUCUGGGGAAAGUCGCCCAGGCUAUAGGAGGAGGUUUCACGAGCUUGCUGCGUUACUUAUACAUCUUCAUUGGAUCUGUUCUGAGUUUGGACACGUGGUUGCUGCGAUCCUCCGAUGCGGAAAACAAGUCGAAAAAGCGCUUCCUCAUAUUUUUGCUGAUUCUGCUGCCCUUGCUGCUGGUGACGGGAUGGUCGCUGUUGCAGGAGGAUCAACGUAUUGAGUACGUUCAGCGAGCUCAAGCUCUAUUGCCGCUGCCAGUGACCCUUUUUGGCACCCUGCAAAGUAGUUUGUCCAGUGCUGGAGCAUCCUUGAAGAGUUGGCUGGAAGUACCCGCCGUCAAAGGUCCACAGGAAGAAGCCGAGACCAUCAAGCUUAAUAUAGCCAGCAUCGAAGGGAACAUCAAGAAGGCCUUGACAGCGGAGGAAUACGAAAAUAUCUUGAACCAUGUCAACAACUACGUGCAGCAGUUAGUGGAGCUUAAAGUCCAGCAACAGUCAAAGGAAUUGCCACCGCAGCAGGUUCAACUCAUUGUUCAGCUGAUGAAGGAGAACUUGCAGCAGUUUGCCCAAAAAACUGAACUGUCCGAGAAGGAUUUGGCUGAUCUGGCCAUAAAGCUGAAACUGGAGCUGCAAAAGUCAGGUGGUUUGCAAGAUGGAGCAAAGCUAUCGCAAGCUAAUUUGGAGGAGAUCACCAGACUGAUUAAAUCUGAAUUCCAUCUUCACGAAUCGCACUACACAUUUCAGCUGGAUAAGAUCGACCAUGCGGCGCUGCUGGAACGAGUGUUGCUGGCUCCCGAGUUGGCCGAAUUCGUAGAUUCCCGCAUUAAUCUUCAGGUGCAGCGGUUCGAGCAAAAGGAGAGUUCCGGCUCCCCUCCCGCAGAAAUCCAGAUUGAUCGCUUGAACAAGGAGAUCGCCUUUAUUAAGUUGGCCCUUUCUGAUAAGCAGGCGGAGAACGCUGAUCUGCACCAGUCGAUCAGCAAUCUAAAGCUUGGACAGGAGGAUUUGCUGGAACGUAUGAAGCAGCACGAACUUGCUCAGGAUCGGCGCUUCAGCGGGCUGCUGGCAGAAAUCGAAAGCAAACUUUCUUCGUUGAACGACUCGCAGUUUGCUCUUCUCAACAAGCAGAUCAAGCUCUCCCUAGUCGAAAUUUUGGGCUUCAAACAAUCCACCGCUGGCGGUGUCGCUGGCCAUUUGGAUGACGUCGAUCUGCAGAACUGGGUGCGCAGCAUGUUCGUGGCCAAGGACUACCUGGAGCAGCAGCUCCUGGAGCUAAACAAGCGCACAAACAAUAACAUCCGCGAUGAGAUCGAGCGCUCCAGCAUUUUGCUGAUGACCGACAUAAGCGAGCGACUGAAGCGGGAGAUGCUGCUGGUCGUGGAGGCAAAGCACAAUGAGAGCACCAAAGCGCUGAAGGGUCAUAUUCGCGAGGAAGAGGUGCGGCAGAUAGUCAAGACGGUGCUUGCUAUUUACGAUGCCGACAAGACGGGUCUGGUGGACUUCGCCCUGGAGUCGGCAGGCGGCCAAAUCCUCUCCACGCGUUGCACGGAGAGCUACCAAACAAAAUCGGCUCAGAUAUCGGUGUUCGGUAUUCCUCUCUGGUAUCCCACCAACACGCCGCGGGUGGCAAUCUCACCCAACGUGCAGCCAGGAGAGUGCUGGGCGUUUCAAGGCUUCCCCGGAUUUCUAGUGCUGAAGCUUAACUCGUUGGUGUACGUCACUGGAUUCACCCUCGAACACAUACCCAAGAGUCUGUCACCGACCGGAAGGAUAGACUCGGCUCCUCGCAACUUCACCGUUUGGGGGCUGGAGCAAGAGAAGGACCAGGAACCUGUGUUGUUCGGCGAGUAUCAGUUUGAGGACAAUGGUGCCUCUCUUCAGUACUUUGCCGUCCAGAACCUGGACAUCAAACGGCCCUACGAGAUCGUCGAAUUGCGCAUUGAGACGAACCACGGCCAGCCCACCUACACAUGCCUGUACAGGUUUCGUGUGCAUGGCAAACCUCCGGCCACUUAGAUCUGUCCAAAGAUCCCUCUCUAGCGACCUAAGCACUGUCAGGUGUACAUAAUGUCUGUGCCUUAAAAAGGAAACCCAACAAUAUAUCACUGCGAGAAGUGGAUCAACUAAGCCCAGCCGCCUCUAACUUAUGCAAACUAUGUAAAAAGUAAGGCUAUAGUUUUAAGUGUUUUGUAUCAUAUCGUAGGAUUGAAGUGUUUAUAUACAAGUAAUCUUAAUUUGUACAUACCUAAAUUGAUAAGUCGGGGCUCGAGUCCAGUGUCCAGAAGAAGUCCUUUACUAUUUAUUUAUAUAUAGUUUGCCCCUCGGAAAUCAAUCAUUGUUCCUUUAAGUCUACUCUACUAACAUGCAUAUUUUUUUUUACCAUGUUUGCCAUUUAAAGCGUUUUGAACUAAAUAGUCAUAGUUUGUUUAAGCCGCACGCUUGCUUAAAAUCUAUAGUUGUAAGUUACCUCUAAGCUAAGAUGCUUUACCAUCAAAAUUUGCAAACCACACCAAUUUGAAUUAAACUGAAAGGAAAUCCCUCGGAAAUAGUGUCAAAUAAAACUGAAAUAACUGAAUUCUCAACUUAAAUUAUCGAAUGAAAGCUGCACAAACACACAUAUCUCAGCCAAUCAAAAAGCUACGUCUUCUGUACUCCUCCUAUACGUUCAAUUAUAUAUGUUUAAAGAGUGAACCCAAAAAUAGUUGAUAGUUAAAAAUACUUUUCUAUUGUUUUUGCUUGUAAGUCUACUUAAUUGGCUUAGUUUGUAUUUACUUCGUUUGUCCAUUAAGGCUUCAUCCAAUUAUUUUGAAAAAAUAAACACGUUGCUCGGAAUAAUAAAAA